GUACUCAUCCAUCCUCAAGCUCACGACCUCGACGGCAACGGAAAUCACAUAGACGGCAAAAAUGGGCUCAACAAGACUCUACUGCAAGGGACGCGUCCUCGGCCACAAGCGUGCUAAGCGCAACACUCGCCCUAACACUUCCCUCCUUCAAAUCGAGGGUGUCGCCACGAAAGAGGACGCCCAGUUCUACCUUGGAAAGAGAGUCGCCUUUGUAUACAAGGCGAAGACGGAGGUACAGGGAUCGAAGGUCCGAGUUAUCUGGGGUCGUGUAACUCGCCCUCACGGCAAUUCUGGUGUCGUUAAAUCAAAAUUCAGGUCAAACCUUCCCCCACGCGCGUUCGGUGCUAGUGUCCGUGUUAUGCUGUACCCUUCGACAAUUUAAUCCCUGUACAUCCUCGCUUUUCGUAUCGCCUACUUAUUCAUGCGUAUGACAUGUCAUAUGACCCUACAUGCAUCAAUAUACUCGCAUGGAAAACAACAAUUAAGCUGCUCUUAUCGAUCAUUUAUGCUACUUGAUGUGCCAUACAAGGUAUUCAAUGGGUGAUUAUCUUUCAGAUAUGUUACGUAUAACUGAGUGUCCGUGUUUUUGUCGUGAUC